CAGCGCGCUGUUAAUAACAGUGGUAAUGUUACUGAGUAUCAUCACGUAGCCCUGGUUUCAAAAGGAGGGGGGCGCUCGCAUUCCCAAACAUUGAUUUUUCGUAGUGGACGCCAUCGAAUGCUGCCAAAUUGGCUACUUUUGCACAUUAGCUGAUAGUGCUGGAAUUUGGGUACUACAAAAUGAGUGGCGACGAGAGCUGCAGCGAAAAGCAGACGCUUAAUCUUUGCAAGCAGCAGCUGAAGAAGGUGCCAAAACAGGACGAUGCACAGAAUAUACGCAAGCUGAUACUGGAUGAGAAUGAGCUGCAAAAGAUCGACAACAUUGAUUCGUAUCUUAAGAUAGAAACGCUGUCGCUGGCCAAGAAUCAAUUGCUGCGCAUGUAUGGCGUCUGUAGACUCCACUGCCUACGCGAGCUGAAUCUCUCCUUCAAUGGCAUACUCUCGAUUGAGGGCUUGAAGGAAUGCGUUCAUCUGCGCUUGCUCAACCUGGAGGGCAACAACAUUAAGACCAUCGAGCACCUCAAUACGAAUGUGAAUCUGGAGUGCUUGAAUCUGGCGGACAAUAGUAUUGGCAGCAUAUCGGAUGUAUCCUACCUUCGAUCCUUGCGUGAACUCCAUCUGCAAGGCAAUCGGCUGACCCAUCUGCGACAGUGUGACAAAUAUUUGCCCGUCUCUCUCGAAACCUUGAACCUGGCAAAGAAUAAUAUAAACGAUCUUAAUGAAAUUUGCACAUUGUCGCAUCUGUCGAAUCUGCUCAGCAUUUCCAUAACUGAGAAUCCCUGUGUGAUCAUGACAAUGGGAGCAAAUAGCAUGGACGGGUUUGAUUACCGCCCCUUUGUGCUGAACUGGUGCAUGAGCCUAAAAUACAUCGAUGGCUAUGUAGUCGAUCCCAUUGAGAGCCUUAAGGCUGAGUGGCUCUAUAGCCAGGGGCGUGGUCGUCAAUUUCGCGUGGGCGAACAGGCGGCUUUAGCCAAAUACCUAAGUUCUGCUUGUCCACUAGUGGGCAAGGCGUUGGAGAACGAAAACGAUCGCAAGUUGCGUCUGAUUUUAAGCAAAGCACAGCAUCAUCAGCGGCAGCUGCAAGAGGAGAUCAUGGACAAUGCAAAUGCCAGUUCAGCCAGCACAUCGCCCUCAUCGCAUCGCAAGAAGCCUACGAGUCGCAUUCAGUCGCCACGCUUUACGCGCUUGAGCGGACGUCAAGGCUCGCCGGAGUCCAUGACGAACAGUUACCAUGGCAAUAGCUGCAACAAUAGCAUUAGCAGCGACAAUGGCAUCUCGAACCACCAUUCGCUGCAAAUGAGCACCUCGCUGAUAGAGAACAUUCGCAACGAAGGCGACAACUACUCGCUGGCCAGUAUGUCCGGCAUGUCCAGCAGCGUGCACACCAAGACCUACAAUUCAACAGAGUCAACGCCUCGCAACAUAACGCCAAAUCCUUACAAUGAACAAACGUAUAUUGGGCAAACGCCUGUUGGUGGUCCAUUGGCUGCUGCCUCUAAAAUGGUGCCUGUGCCGGAGACUUUGAUGAGUCCCGAUGUCUGUCCCGCCGUUGUCGCUCAGCGAGCCACUGUAACGGCGCUCAAUGCGCAACUGCACAAAAGCAAAGGCAACAAGAACAAAGACAACAAACUAAAUUUGCCGCGCGUGCGUAGUCCACAGCAGCGGCGCAUGCAGAGCCCAACAAGCAGUCCACGCAAGACGGAACGACUACAGCAACAACAACAACAACAGCAGCAGCAGCAGCAGCAGCUGAACUCGACUUCAGUCAGCAUAAUAGACGCUGGUGGCUUUAGCACAGACGAAGACGGCGAGCUAAUCAACGUUGACAAGUUGAAGACUAUACGCAAAAUGGCAGCAGAGCGGGCGCAGCAGCAACAGCAAUUGGACAACAAUUUGAACUGCGCUGACCGCCUGAUAGAGCAUGUGACUGAGUCCUCGGCUGUGACCAUACAGAAAAUGUGGCGGGGCUAUCACACGCGCAAGAAAACCAAAGACAUUGCCGAGAAGCUGCACAAACAGCGCACACACGAAUAUAUAGACAAACUCAACAAGGAUAUGCUAAUGACCAAGGUGCAGUUGCAGAACGAGCGCAAGAUACAACAGCUGCAAAUGCAGGCCAUUAAUGCGCUGUGGAAGAAAGUGUCCACCAUGCAGGUGGAUCCGAAAGCUGGCGGAGAGCAUUGCACAAACCCGGAGGACGCAAGCAGCAGCAACAAUGGCAACAGCAACAGCAACAGCAACGGCAACGGCAGUCAGUCUCAACUGUGCCUCGAUCAGAAUUCGGCAGCUGUUGUCAAUGAUUUGGCCAAGCGUUGCACAAUGCUUACCGAUCAGGUACAACAGCUGCAAAGCUCUAUAGGCACCAUUGUCAACUGCUUGACUAUGGUCUGCAAUUUGCCGCAGGAUGCGCUUAAGAAGCACAUCAACAAUUGCUCCGACAGCGAUGACAUCGAAUAUAACAAUUUUGAGCCGCGUGAUACGAGCUCCACGCAAACGGAUUUGAUUGCUGUGCAUACGCCACAGUUCGAGGAUCUCAGCAAUUUUCCUUUUACAAAGACCAGGCCAUCGACAUUGGCGCUGGAGUCUAAGCAUGAUGCAGUGCAGCAGCAGCAGCAGCCGCCGACAAAGCUGGAAGAGACUGAGGAAGAGGAACACAAGGAGAACAUUGAAAUUUGUGAUGCACAGGAGUAGGAGGAGUGGUGUUGCAGAGCUGGAUUGCUAGCCAAUCCCACUGAACCCACUUAACACGCUUUAUAGGGCACUGAGAUCUCUAGCUUUUUAGCUUUUUGCAAGCAUCGCAGUGGACGCAGCCGCAGAAAACGUAACAACAAUUAAAGCCAACAAUUUAUGUAUUUAUUUUUUAUUAUUUUCGUUUCUAGGCCUAUGUACGUAUAGUAAACCAACUUUUUGUUUCAUAG